GGCCCGCCCCGCCGCCAGGUGCUGAGCCACCUCCCGCGGGUCCAGGAAGUGCCGUCACGGCCCGGGGGAGAGGCUGCUGCGGGCCGGCCUGGCCAGAGCUUUCGUCGGUGAGUGCCGAGCAGGUGCUGCCGCCAUGAGCAAGAUUUCCAAGUUCUUCAAGGGAGGCGGCUCGUCCGGCUCGAAGGGCCGCCGGGGGCCCUCGCCGCAGGAGGCGCUGGCCCGGCUGCGGGAGACAGAGGAGAUGCUCAGCAAGAAGCAGGUGUACCUGGAGACGAGGAUCGAGCGGGAGCUGGCGCUGGCCCGGCAGCACGGCACCAAGAACAAGCGAGCUGCCUUACAAGCACUGAAGAGAAAAAAGAGAUAUGAGAAACAGUUGAGUCAAAUUGAUGGGACACUUUCAACCAUUGAGUUCCAGAGAGAGGCAUUGGAGAAUUCCCACACCAACACAGAAGUGCUCAAGAAUAUGGGCUAUGCUGCACAAGCUAUGAAAAAAGUACAUGAAAACAUGGACUUGAACAAAAUCGAUGAUUUAAUGCAAGAUAUCACUGAACAGCAAGAUGUUGCCCAGGAAAUUUCAGAUGCUAUCUCAAACCGAGCUGCCUUUGGUGAUGAGUUUGAUGAGGAUGAGUUGAUGGCAGAAUUAGAAGAACUGGAGCAAGAAGAAUUGAACAAGGGAAUGAGAGAUGUCAGGUUGCCAAGUGUUCCGUCCACAUCGCUGCCUUCUCGCCCUGCAUCAGCGAGGAAGAGAACAGAGGAUGAAGAUGAAAUGAAGAAGCUUGCUGCCUGGGCUUCAUAAUACCAUGGUCUUUUAUAGCACUGAACAUUACAGUGCAGAUGUACAGAGCUGUAAAGCUGUUUUAUAACUACUGAUAUACUGUGGUUUCAUUUCGUGAAGGCUGUUUUUUUAUGGCCAAUCUUGCUACGAAUAGUGUUACUGCCAUAUUACAAAACUAGUUUAAAAAUAAACAAUUAAAAAUGCAAUAGUUUCCAGAACUCCAAGCAUCAAACUUUUUUUCAGCCUUGGCCAGAAAUUUGUGUUGUUAUCAGUAUCAGUUUUUAUUAGGUGAUAUUGUACUAUGGCUGGUUUGUAAAACCUAUGUACCUUCACACACAACUGGAUUUGUUGUUGAAGUGCAAAAGUUCAAGUCAUUAAGGCCCUAUUCUAGAGGGUUAUUUGGUUCAGACUUUGAAUAUUAGCAUAGAAACCUUAUACAUGUCCUGACUUGCAAGUUCCUUUGAGCCCAAGAGCUAAUAGCCAUUCAUUUAGACCUGGAGAUUUAAACAGUCUGCCUGGAGCAAUUUAUGAUGAGCUAGAUAUUAAGAGGAGACUCUUCUGCAGGAUUUUGAAGUGGGAUAAGUAUUUUUGGUUUAACUUUGGCCACAAUAUCCCCUGCACUUCUGUAGGUCAGGUUGAGUUGUGUUUUCAACUAUUUUGCUCUUGGUUAAAGAACAUUUUUACAGUGAUUGGGGAAAAUUAAAUGUCUAAGUUCUUAUAGAGCUCUGCCAAACAAAACUGAUUUCUGCUAACCCUGUCAAAGAUCCGGAAGAGAUUUGACCUUCCUUUGUUUUACUCUACUGUGUCUUUCUAGGCUGAGUCUUUACUUUGUAUGAUAAUACCCAUCGUCCAAGCAAUUAGUAACACAUUUUUAAUUAUACGGUUUCAAAAUAA